AACAAAGUAACUCGAGACAACGAAACUACAGAGGCGUGAGGCAAAGACCAUGGGGAAAAUGGGCGGCGGAGAUCCGUGACCCGAACAAAGCAGCUCGUGUGUGGCUUGGAACAUUCGACACUGCUGAAGAAGCUGCAUUAGCAUAUGAUAAAGCUGCAUUUGAGUUUAGAGGUCACAAGGCGAAGCUUAACUUCCCCGAGCACAUUCUUAUCAACUCUACUCAUCAUCGCCAUACAUCAACCACUACUACUACUUCCCAUGAUCGGACUAUCGUAACGCCACCUCCACCAGUUGCUCCUGACAUACUUCUUGAUCAAUACGGCCAGUUUCAAACUGGAUUAAAUAGCGAUACCUGUGCCAACUUAUCCAUGACUAUGUCGCCUUCUUCUUCUUCGUUGAGUCAUCGAGGGCAUAGACCAAAACUGGAGGAUGGUGAGAACGUGAAGAACAUUGGUAUUCACAAACGAAGAAAAUAG